CCGACUCCCCUCCCCUUGCCGGAAGUGAUGCACAGUGGGGUUGCCGGAAGAAGUGGCGAAGUUACUUUUGAGAAGACCGGAGCGGCGGUGGCGUACAGGGGACACAGAAGAGGAGAAAGAGAAGCAGACUCGCGUCGCCCCCGGCUGUUUCCAGGGCAACAGGAGCAGGAGACCCCGCGAGAGACCGCCCACGAGACCCUCGCGCGCAGCCAUGAGCCCCGCCCCCCACUGGUGUUUGGAGAGGGGCGGGACCUGGAGAGAGGCUGCUCCGUGACCCCCACCAUGUCCACCCCGACCUCGACUUCCCAGAAUACCCCCUUGCCUGGAAAUGUCCCCCCUCAGCCCAGCGCCCCCUCUUCGAAACCCGUGGUAAAGGAGGAGCGUCCUGAGCCGUGGCCUGGGGGCCCGGACCCUGAUGUCCCAGGCAGUGAUGGGGUCGGCUCAGUCUGCAGCGUGGUCAUCCCAGACCCCGCAGAGGAGCCAGAGCGCAAGCGCAAGAAGGGCCCGGCUCCGAAGAUGCUGGGCCACGAGCUGUGCCGCGUGUGCGGGGACAAGGCCUCCGGCUUCCACUACAACGUGCUCAGUUGCGAAGGCUGCAAGGGCUUCUUCCGGCGCAGUGUGGUCCGAGGCGGGGCCGGGCGCUAUGCCUGCCGGGGCGGUGGAACCUGCCAGAUGGACGCCUUCAUGCGCCGCAAGUGCCAGCAGUGCCGGCUGCGCAAGUGCAAGGAGGCCGGGAUGAGGGAGCAGUGCGUCCUCUCGGAGGAGCAGAUCCGGAAGAAGAAGAUUCGGAAGCAGCAGCAGCAGCAGCAGCAGUCCCCCUCGGCGCCCGGAGUCAGCAGCGGCUCAGCCUCUGGGCCUGGGGCCUCCCCUGGAGGGUCCGACGGGGGUGGCCAGGGCCCCGGGGAAGGCGAGGGUGUCCAGUUAACAGCUGCUCAGGAACUGAUGAUCCAGCAGUUGGUGGCAGCCCAGCUGCAGUGCAACAAGCGCUCCUUCUCUGACCAGCCCAAAGUCACGCCCUGGCCUCUGGGCGCAGACCCCCAGUCCCGCGAUGCCCGCCAGCAGCGUUUCGCCCACUUCACGGAGCUGGCCAUCAUCUCAGUCCAGGAGAUCGUGGACUUUGCCAAGCAGGUGCCCGGCUUCCUGCAGCUGGGCCGUGAGGACCAGAUCGCCCUCUUGAAGGCGUCUACCAUUGAGAUCAUGCUGCUGGAGACGGCCAGGCGCUACAACCAUGAGACGGAGUGCAUCACUUUCCUGAAGGACUUCACCUACAGCAAGGACGACUUCCAUCGCGCAGGCCUGCAGGUGGAGUUCAUCAACCCCAUCUUCGAGUUCUCCCGGGCCAUGCGGCGGCUGGGCCUGGACGACGCCGAGUACGCCCUCCUCAUCGCCAUCAACAUCUUCUCAGCCGACCGGCCCAACGUGCAGGAGCCCAGCCGCGUGGAGGCUCUGCAACAGCCUUACGUGGAGGCGCUGCUCUCCUACACGCGCAUCAAGAGGCCGCAGGUACCAGCUCGGCUCCUCCCCCACUCCCUCCUGCAGAGGAGACACAAUCCUGGGGUCUGGGAGGCCCAGCAAGUCCAGACCCGCGUGGGGUCAGCUGGGGCCGGGGUCCUCCCUCCUGGUCUGAGCCUGGCUUGUCUGCCUCCCCGGCCCCCCCUGGCAGCACCCUGAGCUCUGGCCCAUAUC